AUGUCUGACCAGGAGGCAAAACUUUCAACUGAGGACUUGGGGGAUAAGAAGGAAGGAGAAUAUAUUAAACUCAAAGUCACAGGACAGGAGAGCAGUGAGAUUUACUUCAAAGUGAAAAUGACAACACAUCUCAAGAAACUCAAAGAAUCACACUGUCAAAGACAGGAAGUUCCCAUGAAUUCACCCAGGUUUCUCUUUGAAGGUCAGAGAAUUGCUGAUAAUCAUACUCCAAAAGAACUGGGAAUAGAGGGAUAA